UAUAUAUAUAUAUAUAUAUAUAUCUUAAAAUUGACUGAUGCAUUAUUUGAUGUGUAAAGAUAAGUGAAAAUGCUGUGCUUUUUGGUAAUUACAUUCCUCUCGUUGAUACAUUCACUUGAAGCUGGUAAUGCGAAGGUUCCUAUUUCAGGGAAAAGUAAUACACUACCGACUAUACAAUUACCCUAUUUCCACGUUCCCUACCCUUUAAACACAUGGCUAGAAUCCCUUAUGAAAUUAUUUAAUCUUGGUUGUGUAUUUGGUCAAAUCUGGGACAUCGGUACUGGAAACUUCUUUUCGAAAAAUUAAUUAUAAGAAUAAGAAGCAUAUUCACCUCUCUAAAUAUGUACUGAAAGGAAACAGAGAGUGUUGAAAGCCACCAAAACGUCUUCCAUAAACUGACACAUUUUGUCCUUGUACUGUUCUGUAAAAACAGAUGACCUGAAAUUCAUUUUUCGUUGUUGUUUUUUUGAAAAAUAAACCUGAUUUGAAUCAUUAAAUAAUGAAAAUGGUC